UCAUGGACGUCUUCGCUUGAGAUUUUGGCGUUUACAUGAAUAAAUAAAAAUGAGUUUUUAAUUAAUUUAACCAAUUUCUUUUAACAUUUUGGUAUAUUAGAAAAUGGUAACGAUUGUUGACGACUUAGAUUCUUUGACUUUGCAAGAGCCGAUUUUCAAGGAUGUCAAGUAUUACCUGUCUGGCGAUGUCUCGGAAAGGGUUUUACUACUUCUGCAGUCGGGCGGCGCCGAGAGCACAAAGUAUUUCUCAGACUAUGUCACUCAUUUAAUUUGUGGUCAAAAUGCCGCGGAUACAGACCUCGACGAUGCUCAAGACAUCUACCAGAUACCAGCAGUGACUGAGAACUGGGUGUUUGCUUGUGCUAGGUUAAAGAAAUUGGCGUGUGCUAAGCCGUACGCUCCUAUCAAGAACAAGAUUUUCACGAAUGUUGUUGCUUGCGUAUCUCGAGUGAGCGUGGCCGACGCUAAAACCUUGUUCGCUCUCAUCACGUUCAACGGUGGCAAGGUGUGCUUGAAUCUGGACACUCAGUGCACUCAUCUAAUUUGUGGUUCUGCAUCAGGCAAGAAAUACAGUGCUGCUCUCACUCUGCCUGCGAACAGAAUUAAAAUUGUGACCCCAGAUUGGGUGCUAGAGAGCAUAAGAGCCAGAAUACAGGCAGUGGCUGAAGUAUUCCACCCUAAAUUACUGAUAGUUCCUCAGCCACAGAAACCAAUGGAUCGUAUCAGUGCAAUCACUGGUUUUGACUUUGAGGAAAGUAUAGCAAAGAAUGAGGUUCCUACUCAAAAUAUUGCUGAAAGCAAAGAUGACAGCACACAAGCAUUAUUAGAUAAAUUGAAACAGAGGAUGCCUUGGAAUCAUCCUCCGUCCACUGCAAAUUCGUCAGGUAUUGCCACAUCGACCGUAAGCUCUAUUGGAUAUACAACGACUUCUCUGCCCACAUCAAGUAUCAUGAGUAAGACCUUGCCUCAGGGUAUUAUAUCUCAAAAUUUACAAAUUCAAAGUACUCAAGCUCAAUUGAUGCAGAAGUUUGGACAGACUAUAGUGUCUCAACCAGGACUUAAUAUACAAGCACAACAAAUUAGUAUGCAGCAACAGCAGCAGCAACAACAGCAGCAGCAGCAACAGCAGCAGCAGCAACAUCAGCAGCAACAACAACAACAGCAGCAGCAACAACAUCAACAACAGCAGCAGCAACAACAAUACAAUCAACAGCAGCAACAACAGCCACAUGGCCUCACAGCUAUAUCAAUACAGCAACAAAAACUAUUACAACAACAUCAACUCAAAAUGCAAAUGCUGCAGCAGCAACAACAAAACAAAAUGAACAACCAGCAAAAUCAACAGUUUCAACCGAAUGUUUCUGUAUCACAAAUUAAUCAGGGUCUAAAUAAUCAGAUGCAGCAACAUAUUCAAUCUAAUCAGCAUCAUAACAUACAGCAGAAUAUACAAACAUCCAACACGUCUAUGACAUCGGCGCAGCAACAGAUUGAAAACAUAAGUCAAAUGCUCAGUCAGAGUGCUAAUAACCUUCAACAAGCACAAUUGAAUCAGCAAAAUAUCUCAAUGAAACAGAGUCUAAGUUUGAGUCAGCAAAGUGCGUCUCAAGCUGUUCAAAAUAUAGCCCAACAGUUGGCCCAAUCCACACAGAACUUGCAACAAAGUCUUCAAAAUGCUAAACUGAAUCAGAGCCUGGGACAAGGACAAGUGAUUAACCAACAGCUAAUUAACUCAGGACAACAGAUGACUAAUCAAAAUCAGAACUUAAUUCAACAGCAGACAGUUCAGUCACUGACAAAUCAACAGCAGAAUAUAAAUAUGGGUGUUGUGAAUCAGCAAGGAUUAGUGUCAUCAUCACAAGCUCAAUCAGGGCAAGGAGUCCAGCUCAACCAGUUGGUUGGUAAUUCUGGCCAAUCAGUGAUCAGUCAACAAAUUCAGUCCGUACAACAGACAAUACAAAGUCAGCAAACUUCUAAUGUCCCUGUGCAAGGUGCUUGGAGACAACAAAACAUACAGAUGGUCCAGAAUGUCCAGGGACAACACCAAAUCAUAAGGAGUCCUUUAGUCCAGACUCGUAACCCUCAAAACCAAGUUAUAUUGCAACAGCAAAUAAUGCAGACACAACAACAGCAGUUGAUCAACAAUCAGCAACCGCAGCUUAGUCCCCAGCACACUAUACAGCAGACUUCGCAGCAGAUACUUCAGCAGACUAUAGGCAGCCAAGCCCAGAGUAUUAGUCAGACACAUCACCAAAUAUUGGUUCAGAAGCAACAGCUUUUGAACAGUUCUGGGCAGCAACAAAUUGUACAGGCACCUCAGCAGGUGUUGAUAAAUCAGCACACAGGGCAACAACAGAUAUUGGUGCAUGGGAACCAGCAGGUUACUUUACAAGGUGGACAGCAAAUUGUGUCUCAGAAUCAGAUUGUGCAUCAGGGAGGACAAAUAGUCAACCAGGGUGGGCAGCAGAUAAUAACGCAAGGGACUCAGCAGGUGUUAUCUCAAGGGGGCCAACAUGUGAUCACCCAGCAGGGACAACAGCAAGUGGUUAUUGCUCAGUCGUCUCAACAGAUUGUGACACAGUCUGGUCAGCAAAUAAUAGGUCAAACUGUUGGGCAGACUCAGCAAGUUUUGUCUCAGCUGCCGCAGUCACCUCAAGCUGGCACUCAGCUGUCUUCGGGGGGCAGUAUCCAGCAGAUCAUCACCCACGGGGGUGGUCAGCAGAUAGUGUCGCCUGGCGGGCAGCAAAUCGUGCAAGGGGGCCAGAAUGUCUCCUGGCAGCAGCAGCAGUACUUGCAGCAACGCCAACAGAUAGCUCAGCCGGGAGCAGUUGGCCCGCGGGUCUCAUGGUCCGGCGGAGGCCGUCAGCUGAUCCACCUAGAUGCGCAAACCCAUGCGCAACUGCAGCAAAUGGAUCCGCAGCAACGCGCUAUGUUCGUGGCGCAGCUGCAGAAGCGUCGCCAGCUGUCCAUGCAGCGCGCCGCAGCACUGGCGCAGCAACAGCAACCAGGAGUUGUGACCGGUUCGCCGGGCGCGCCGUCGCCGGCGGGGGCUCCGCAGAGCGUCACGUUCAUCCGCAGCCAGCUGCCGCCCGGCCUCACGCAGCAACAACAGGUCCAAUGGCUACAGCAACAGGGCGCUCGCGCGACAACAAUUCCAGCGGCGUCGCCGGCACAGCCCCCGCAGUCACCUGUAGGAGCGGGCCCAGUGGCUAGCCCAGUAGGCGCGGGUGGUACAGCAGGCGGGCCGGUAGACGCUCAGCUGCAGCAGUUACAAAUACAACGCCAGCAGCAGUACCAGCGGUUGCAGCAGCUGCAGGCGCAGCGGGACCACGUGGCGCACCACCACGCCGCCGUCAAGCAGGUGGCCCCAGGCGUGGGAGUGGGUGUGGGCGUGGGCGUGACGCAACACGUCGUGGGCACGGCCAUAGCCGAACCGCAGGUUGACGCGUUAUUAGCGCCGGCCUCGCAGGAUCAGCAACAAGGUGCAGGCGGCGCGCUUCUGGUGAAUCACAAGACGAAGACGGCUCUGGCCAAUAUGCUCAGCAUUCGGCUUCAGGGCGCCGCCCCGCCCGCCGACCAUGAGCCGUCCGCCGCGGGGACCCUCAGGUUGAUGACAGCGGCGCACGCGGCGGGUGGCGCCGUGAGAGCACCUGCAAGGCUGCUCCUCAAUCAUCACCCGCAUCAGGCGGGCGCGGUGGGCGUGGGCGUGGGCGUGGGCGGCGUGGUGGGCGGGGUCGCGGGCGGCGGCAAGGUGUACGCGGGCGCGGUGCGGGCGCCGCCGCCGCGCGCGCAGUUCUACGGACACAACCCCAACCUCAAGCUACCGCCCGACCUGUUCCUGCUGGGCUGCGUGUUUCACAUUGUGGAAUACCAGCAGUCUUGGGGGACGGAGCGCGUGGCUCGCUGGGCAGAAGCAAUAGUGCGGCGCGGUGGAGAGGUGGAAGCGGGAUACUGUGCGCGCGUCACGCACGUGCUGUGCGAGACUCAGAAACAUGGCGUGGUCAUGCAGGCACUGCGAGACGCGAAACGCUGCGUGACCGCAUACUGGCUAUCAGACGCUAUGUUGCGUCGAGGCGUAGCGCCGCCCUGGCAGGCGUUACACUUGCCUAGUAUGUAUGCAGCACGCGACCGCCCUGCGAGGCACCAUCGCUGCGCCAUAUCAGGCUGGAGGGACGAAGAGAGGGACAGAAUUACCUUCUGCGUGGAGCAUAUAGGAGCUAAGCUAACGCCAUACAUGACGCGCGACAACACAGUGCUAAUCUGCAAGCGAGCUGAAGGCAACAAGUACAGACGCGCGCGCGAAUGGGGUAUCCCAGUGGUAACUGCAGCUUGGCUCACGGACUUACUACUGGGCAACAUGAGUGCACUCGCGCAGAUCGAGAACGCCAAAUAUCAGCAAUUCAACCUAGCCAGUCCGUUUAGGAUGGAUUACAGUUUGGUGUCUCAUCUGAUGAACGCGUGGAAAAUGCCCAUAAACAUAACGCAAGAGUCCAACGAGCGCGCCAAACGGAGCGCCGCCGCCGCGCUCACGCAGCGCCGCGCCAAGCGCCCGCGUCUGUCGCCGCCGCGACCGCCCGCGCCCGCGGCCCUUCAACAACCCCCGCUGCAUUUAGCGCCAAGGGUCCUGUUCUCGGCGGUGCCACAUCAUGACCAGAAUAGACUCGCUGCUAUCCGCCGCGCCAAGCGCCCGCGUCUGUCGCCGCCGCGACCGCCCGCGCCCGCGGCGUUACAACAACCGCCGCUGCAUCUAGCGCCAAGGGUUCUGUUCUCGGCGGUGCCACACCACGACCAGAAUAGAUUAGCUGCUAUUGUCAGCAUCUGUUGCAACUACAUAGCGCCCGCGCAUCUCACCACUCUGCUGUAUCUAGCUCCAAGGUUCCUGUUCUCGGCGGUGCCCAGAACAGACUCGCGGCUAUUGUCAGGUAAACCAUCGAUAGAGCUCACGCAGCGCCGCGCCAAGCGCCCGCGUCUGUCGCCGCCGCGACCGCCCGCGCCCGCCGCCUUACAACAACCGCCGCUGCAUUUAGCGCCAAGGGUUCUGUUCUCGGCGGUGCCACACCAUGACCAGAACAGACUAGCUGCUAUUAUAGCGCUCACGCAGCGCCGCGCCAAGCGCCCGCGCCUGUCGCCGCCGCGACCGCCCGCGCCCGCGGCCUUACAACAACCGCCGCUGCAUUUAGCGCCAAGGGUCCUGUUCUCGGCGGUGCCACACCAUGACCAGAACCGACUCGCUGCUAUCAUAGAGCUCACGCAGCGCCGCGCCAAGCGCCCGCGUCUGUCGCCGCCGCGACCGCCCGCGCCCGCGGCGUUACAACAACCGCCGCUGCAUCUAGCGCCAAGGGUUCUGUUCUCGGCGGUGCCACACCACGACCAGAAUAGAUUAGCUGCUAUUGUCAGCAUCUGUUGCAACUACAUAGCGCCCGCGCAUCUCACCACUCUGCUGUAUCUAGCUCCAAGGUUCCUGUUCUCGGCGGUGCCCAGAACAGACUCGCGGCUAUUGUCAGGUAAACCAUCGAUAGAGCUCACGCAGCGCCGCGCCAAGCGCCCGCGUCUGUCGCCGCCGCGACCGCCCGCGCCCGCCGCCUUACAACAACCGCCGCUGCAUUUAGCGCCAAGGGUUCUGUUCUCGGCGGUGCCACACCAUGACCAGAACAGACUAGCUGCUAUUAUAGCGCUCACGCAGCGCCGCGCCAAGCGCCCGCGCCUGUCGCCGCCGCGACCGCCCGCGCCCGCGGCCUUACAACAACCGCCGCUGCAUUUAGCGCCAAGGGUCCUGUUCUCGGCGGUGCCACACCAUGACCAGAACCGACUCGCUGCUAUCACAAAGCUCACGCAGCGCCGCGCCAAGCGCCCGCGUCUGUCCCCGCCGCGACCGCCCGCGCCCGCGGCCUUACAACAACCCCCGCUGCAUCUAGCGCCAAGGGUUCUGUUCUCGGCGGUGCCACACCAUGACCAGAACAGACUAGCUGCUAUUGUCAGGCAACUGGGCGGGCUGGUAGUGACGUCAGCAGCCGAGGCUACACAUCUAGUGAUGGAGCGUCUGGUUCGGACCAGCAAGCUGGUGGCGUGCCUCGUCAGCGUCAAGCACCUGCUGAGCUGCGAGUGGGUGCGCGACAGCCAGAGACAGGGCAAGUUCGCUGACGAGGCGGCGCACGAGCUCAGGGACGAAGCAUUCAACAGCAUGUUCAAAUGCGACAUUGGCGAGGUGCUGUUAUCGGGCGAGCAAAGGAGGAAGCUCUUCGAAGGAAUCACCUUCUUCCUCACCCCUUGUGUGAAGCCCUCAAGAUCCGCGCUCACUGAAAUGAUCGAACUCUGCGGCGGAAAAGUCGAGAAGAACCGACGCUCCUACGUCUCUAUCCAGGAAAUGCACACGCAAAAACCCUUCAGCUAUCUAGUGCUGACUGUGCCCAACGAUUUACACCUAGUUUAUUACCUACUGCAGUCUGAAAAAACCCUAAACGUGGUCUGCAGUACCGAGGUGGUGCUAUCCGCGAUAAUGCGGCAAAAGUUAGAAGUAGAGGAAUUCCUCGUGAAAAUAGAUUAAACGUGAUCUUGUUAUGUAUUUCCAUGAAUUUUAUCAAUUCCAAGAUAUGUUUUGUUCCGACAUUUUAAAGUAUUUUAUGUAUUAAUAAAUUUAGCAUCUAAUGUAUUGUACAUACGUUUGAAAUGAAUUUUGUAACGUCUCGACUUUAGGAUGAUUGUCUAUAUGAUAUGUGUGUAUUGCUUGUAACUUUAUACAGCAAUUUAUUUCUCUGGCUACGGGAAUUCAAUACACAAAGGAUCUCACAUAUCUUCGGCUAUGUCCAUAUUAAAUGAAUUAAAUUAAUGUUAUUAUUGAUAGAAGUAUGCCAUAUAUUUUUUCAUUUUAUUAUUAUUACAGAUUUUAAUGAAUUAAUUCUUUUUGUAGUCGUUGUCUUGACAUUUGAAUUUUAAUUUUGCGGUUAUUAAUGAAGUUGUAAUUUUUUUAUUUUGGAAUCUCUCCGUUUUACUUGUGUUUUUGUAGAACUGUUUAUGAAAUGGAAAUUAAUUUAAAUGAAAUGCAUAUAUUUAUGUUGUGAAGUUAUAAAAUGAAUUCAAUAUUAUUGCUAAAUAUAAGAAGUAACAUUUGGUAUGAAUUUUUACAGUUUUGUACAUAAAACUAGCAGGUAAGACGGUCUGGACCACGGAAAAAAUACGAAAUAUAAAUAUAUGACAUGUUUCUUAAUA